ACCGUUAUCUACCCAUCUCUCUCUCACUCUCUUUUUUCUCUAGCACAUCCAUGGCCUCUGUAACUCACUCCUUCUCUCCCAUUCACUAUCCCACUCGCGUCCGUACGCACAAAUCUAGACUCUCCCCCUCCUCUCUCCCCCUUCCCUUCCAAUCGAACCCCUUCCCGCCAUUGCCACUCGGGUCAAUAACCGUACCAGCUAAGACCAGGGGCUCAAUCUCUUUCGCUUACGUGUCCGGACCCGCCUCGGACCCCAGCGUAACCGAGUCCGGCCCGAGGGUCGACCCGCAGGAUUUUCGUCCCGAGAAGGUUCGGCCGGCGAAGGCCAUAAGCUGGGGACUACUCUGGAGUCUCUUGGGUGCACACAAGCUGAGGCUCGCUAUUUCGGCUUUGACUCUUCUUGGUUGCACCACGUGUACUCUCUCUAUGCCCAUAUUUACUGGUAGAUUCUUCGAAGUACUUAUCGGUGCUAGACCUGAGCCAUUGUGGAACCUGCUCGGUAAGGUCGGACUUUCGUAUGCGCUGGAACCAAUUUUAACGGUUAUUUUUUUUACAAACCUGAACACUGUAUGGGAGAAAGUUAUGUCAACGCUAAGAGCUCAGAUUUUCAGAAGGGUGUUGAUUCAGAAGGCGGAGUUUUUUGACCGAUACAAGGUUGGUGAACUUACCGGUUUGCUAACAUCUGAUUUGGGUUCUCUUAAAGAUGUUGUGAGUGAGAACAUUUCAAGGGACCGUGGAUUCAGGGCACUUUCUGAGGUCACUGGAACAUUAUUGAUACUAUUUGCCUUGUCCCCUCAACUUGCACCUAUUCUGGGCUUGCUAAUACUUGCUGUGUCUGUUUUAGUUGCUGUGUACAAGAGAUCAACUGUGCCUGUUUUUAAAGCUCAUGGGUUGGCCCAGGCAUCCAUAUCUGAUUGUGUGACAGAAACAUUUUCUGCCAUUCGUACUGUCAGAUCCUUUGGUGGUGAAAAGCAUCAAAUGUCAAUGUUUGGUAGCCGGGUUCUUUCUUAUCAGGCUAGUGGCAUAAAGCUUGGGGUUUUUAAAUCCGUAAAUGAAUCUUUGACAAGAAUUGCCGUUUACAUUUCUCUAAUGGCCUUAUAUUUUCUUGGAGGAAGCAAAGUGAAAGCGGGUGAACUUUCUGUCGGAACUGUGGCUUCUUUUAUUGGAUACACAUUCACGUUAACAUUCGCAGUUCAAGGGCUGGUGAACACAUUUAGCGAUCUUCGUGGAACUUUCGCUGCUGUUGAGAGAAUUAACUCUGUUCUGUCUGAGGUUGAAAUUGAUGAGGCCCUUGCAUAUGGUUUAGAAAGAGAAAUGCAGCAUAAAGAAGUGCAAGAUGACAGUUAUAAAUUAUUCCUCAUAAACGGUUAUGAUGAGAAAAUCCUCUCUAAGAAUAUGCAUUAUAUGUCAGCCCUGAAAUCAUCUAGCAAAGUGUCUAGCUUAGCUUGGUCUGGUGAUGUUGGUCUUGAAGAUGUCCACUUCUCUUAUCCUUUGAGACCCGAUGUGGAAAUACUGAGUGGUCUACGUUUAACUCUAAAAUGUGGAACCAUAACAGCUCUUGUGGGCCCAAGUGGUGCGGGCAAAAGUACAGUAGUACAGCUAUUGGCACGUUUCUAUGAGCCAACCAAAGGUCGUAUAACAGUUGCUGGAGAAGAUGUUCGAACAUUUGACAAGAGUGAGUGGGCACGGGUUGUUUCCAUAGUGAAUCAGGAACCGGUUCUUUUUUCGGUAUCUGUUGGAGAAAAUAUUGCAUAUGGGCUUCCAGACGAAGAUGUAUCCAAAGAUGAUGUGAUAAAGGCAGCCAAAGCAGCAAAUGCUCAUGAAUUCAUAAUUUCACUGCCGCAGGGUUAUGACACACUUGUUGGUGAGCGUGGAGGACUACUUAGUGGAGGCCAGAGGCAGAGAGUUGCUAUUGCUAGAGCUCUGCUUAAGAAUGCCCCCAUUCUAAUACUUGAUGAGGCUACCAGUGCGUUGGAUGCAAAAAGUGAGCGCUUGGUCCAGGAUGCAUUGAACCAUCUGAUGAAGGACAGGACAACAUUGGUGAUUGCUCACCGAUUAAGCACAGUUCAGAAUGCCCAUCAAAUCGCGCUUUGUUCUGACGGGAGGGUCGCUGAACUCGGGACACACUUUGAAUUAUUGGCUAGAAAGGGUCAAUAUGCUUCAUUGGUCAGCACUCAAAGGCUGGCAUUUGAGUGACAUUAAAAUUGCAAGAGUUUGGAACAAACGCCAAGUUGGCAUGCGAAUGAGGUGCGGCAUUGGAGAGUAUUGCCUCACCCACAUUUACUUCCCUUUUAAAUCAUUUUCUUUCAUACCAUUCAGUAAAGUAUACGAAGCCAAGAAGUUGCCAGAGAUUAUAGUCGAGCUGGCGACUCCAAAACAGCUGGAAAACCUUUGUAAAUUUACUGAUAUAAGUUGAUAUAACAUAACACCUUUCGAUCAA